CCCUCUCCUGGCCCAAUGCUUGUCGUCCAUCGAAGAGUCGAAGGUCUGGGCUGGUGUGGACACCCUCCACUCCAGUCAUCGUGGCGGAAGGCAAGCGUAUGGAGACCGAGGAAGGCGGCGGAUCGUCGGUGACCUCCAGCCCUGGUGGCAGCGACAAGAGUCGGCAGCCUUCCCCGCCUACCCCUCCGGACGGCGACGAGGAUUCAUCCGAGUCUACAUCCAUCGGCGACGGCGAUGAAUGGCUGGUCAGCGACGAGGAUGCGGAUUGCGAAAACACGGGACCUCACCGCCCAUAUACAGUUGAUGAUUUCCCAAGGUUUAGUUGUGGCUACGAAGAGCAGAACCAUCUGUUGUAUAGAAACCCAGACAUUAAGCUUCGAGGUCCUUCACCAAUUAGACUUUACCCAGCAUUUAAAUAUGGCAAGCAUGUGUUUGGUUCUGAUUAUAAUCUUGGGGAUAAAUCUGGAAGUAAGUGGCCUUGUUACUUUCUUUGUUCAUUGUUAUUUUUAUUUACAAUACAUUAUAUAGUCAUCAACUACUGUAAAUCUCAGUUUUUGCUUCAGUUCAUUGAUAUUAAAAUUGCUCGAUAUCAUCAUACCUGGCCUGGACCUGCUAAGAUCUUUGGUUUUGUUGCGGCACGGGAUACGAUUGAGCCCUUGCGCAAUUAUGUCUACAGGCGUGAGAUUAACAGCUCUGAAGAUGAAUAUGUGAAACGAAACACGGGCGUGGCACGUUUGUCACUGACUAGCCCAGCUCGAGUCAUUUCAAUGGCAUCCCGGGCACUGAUCGAGUUUGAGCUCCGGGUGCGGACCGAAGGCCGACCUGAUGAAGAUGAACCCAAUGGUGACUGCCUCAUUGAAGGAUGCACUGAGCUCACCAACAUGCUUGCUUCAGAUUCCUUCAUUGAACACCGGCGCCUGUAUGGUGACAACUGCGCUCUGGACGUCAAGUUUGCUGUGCUGAUCAAUGCAGUGGAGGCACGCGUCGACAUCAAGGUCCUCAGCCUGGGUGCCAUUGCCAGCGGCAUCAACCUGAAGGUAUACGGCAAGACUAGUGGCUUCAGUGAGGUGAUCCGUCUCUUCGAAGGCGCUUCUCCAAAGCCAGGUGUUGUGAUGAGCUUUGCUGUUGCAGUGGAUACACACAACUACCUCGAUGUCUGCAUCGAAGGGUCAUCGGAAGACAAUCCUGUUCUUGGGCGAAAGGAGAAGAAGCCGGCGUCGCGUUCAUGGUGGAAGUGCAGCUUCGGUUCUGAUUAUCAUGAUAUGGACAAAGAAGUAGCAGAGCUGGGCGAGUUUGCGGUAGUUUCAGUCAAUGUCAAUUGGAAAUCCUAUAGGAAGAAAGAAUCCUUAAGGGAGUAACUGGGAAUUUUUGUUAAACAUGUAACUGUAUAACCAGAACAACAACUAGAGGGGACGUUGACUAGGAGUAUCUAGUAUCUACAUUUUGGCAAGCCCUAUGCUCCAAUCAUGCUCAACACUCCUCCACUACCAGAAAAAAUUGAUGAUUACUCAUGGUUGAAAAUCUCA